AUGGAUGAUGACUUCACAACUUGGUUGAAUGAUGAAAGACGUUGCACUGCAGAUGCGCCCGUGUACGACGCCAGUCUGUAUACAGCCACGUGCAAUCGGCAGUUUCAGUCCAUUGAGGUUAUUCACGGAACCUUCCAGGCUGCGGGCAAAUUACAUGGCGAUCUUCGGCAUCCGCAGCCUCCGCCCGUUUCAUCUACAGGCUGCGAUACAGGGCCUCAUGGUGUUGAGCGGCAUUCAUUUCAAUUCAUCGCUCAACUCGGCUCAACCCAACCCGAGCUCGCCGUGAGCUGCAUCAACUCAAACCUUGAUAAACGUCAAAACUGGUCGUUUCAUCAAAAGCCAACUAACACUUACAAUUCCAUCUUCCAAGUACAUCGGCACUCUCGGGCUGUUCGUUUCGUUUCUCUUCAACUAUCCACCCACCAUGUCACUUCACCAUGA